AUGGUAGUACUAAGUGGAGAAGACCUCCAUGAUUCUUCUACCUUUGGUAAAUCACUGUCUUUACGAGUUGAUGGUGGAUUUAACGCUGUCUCAAUUAACCCAUCUGGUAGGGAUGUGGUUCUUGCCGGGAGGAAAGGUCUAUUUAUAAUCGAUUUAGAUGAUCCCUUUUCACCACCGAGGUUAUUACAACAUGUAACUCCAUGGCAAGUGGCAGAUGUGCAGUGGUCACCUCAUCCCGCUAAACCGUUCUGGGUUGUUUCUACUUCUAAUCAGAAGGCAUUGAUAUGGAACUUGGCAAGGCCGUCAACUGACGCUAUUGAGCAUGUACUGCACAGUCAUUCAAGAGCAAUAACGGAUAUAAAUUUCAAUUUCCAGCAUCCCGAUAUAUUGGCAACUUGCUCAAUUGAUACAUAUGUCCACGCAUGGGAUCUAAGAAGCACAUCGCGCCCGUUUUACACCACCAGUGCAUGGAGAUCUGGAGCAUCGCAAGUCAAAUGGAAUCAUAUGAACUCAAAUAUAUUAGCCUCGUCUCAUGGUAAUGAAUUAUUUAUAUGGGAUAUAAGGAAAGGAUGUAUACCGCUUAAAAAGCUAGAUGCUAGUAGUAGCAUCAAUAAUAUUGAUUUCAAUAGAUUUAAUGAAACUGAAAUAAUGACCAGUGGAAAUAAUGGUGAAGUAAGAAUUUGGGAUUAUUCUAAAUCUGAGGGAAGUGAAUGCCAACGAGUCAUUAACACUGACUUUCCAGUUUGGAGAAGCAGGUAUCUGCCAUUUGGACGUGGUUUUUGUGUAAUGCCUAUGGUUGGUGGUAAUAAUACCGUUUAUAUGAUGAAUUUAGAUACAGAAGAAUCAGAAGACUCUCAUAAGUCAAAAUUGCAGCCUAUUUAUACAUUUAAAGGUCAUACGGAUAGAGUGACUGAUUUUUUAUGGCGGUCACGAUAUACAGAAGAUAAUGGUAUGGAAUAUCAACUAGUUACUUGGUCAAUCGAUCGUGAUCUGCGCCUAUGGACAGUUAAUGACACUGUAUAUGAAAAAUUAGGUUACGAUCGUAAAUUGAACAGAAACACUGUCAUUAACGAAUACAAAUAUCAAAGCUAUAACAAGGUCAUCUCGCCUGCACAUGAAACCGGUAAGGGUUAUUAUGAUAGGAUAAAAGAGAACUUUGUCUCAAAGUCAGGACUUCGUAAAGAUAAUAACUUUAGUCAUCUAACUUGGUUGUCUGGUAUUAGGUUGAAUCAAAAUGGGCCAUCUGAGGACCUAUUUGUUGCACAUAAAUUACAGAGUCUUGGUGAAGAAGUUAGUGCGAUAGGACAUAAAUUCCCAAAGAUUGUCUUCGAAAGGAUAUUGGUUUCUGAGAGAGAGAUUACUGUGACUAUGAGUGGGCCAUGGUCAGAGGAUGACCCAGAGGAAUACAUAUUUCUAAGGAUAACAGUAAAUUUUCCACUGGGAUAUCCCGAUGCCGGAAACUCGCCCACCUUCACUGUCGAAGAAAAUCCUAAACUAAAGCCCACAAUGAAAUCAAAACUAUUAGAUGGACUGUCUAAUAUAGCCAAAAUAUACACCGACAAAAGCAUAUACUGUUUGGAACCUUGUUUUCGUUAUGUGUUAGGUGAAGAUGUGAAUCUUCAAGAGAUAGAGCAAGAUGAAGAACCGCUACUUAAUUUCGAAAUAGCAGACCAUCUUGAUUUUGAUGGAUUUGAGAAUGAGAAGUCAACUGAUAUCGACUCAAACUACUUGGAUGAGAGCUCCUCGGAGUCUGAUAUUGCGGAUUAUUCUGAUGAUCUAGACCCUUUGGCUGGUCCAAAGAAAGUCUUCCAACAUAAUGUUAAAUUUGACAGUACACCUGUACCUAAUCAAUGUGGAGCAGUAUGGACAUCUUCUGGACAACUACUAUGUUUUUUCGCUUCUGAAGGAACACCAGAAAAGAAGCAGCAAAACUUGAUGAAAUAUAUGCAGAGAGAUAUAAUUAGGCAUCAUAAGGUUUCGGAUUAUUCCCUAAAUAAGGCACCUCCCAAAGGAUUGAGAUUGCUGAAACAAUCCACCCAAGAUACAGAAUCUGCCAAAGAUGAUAGUAGCUUGAAAUUAGAUGUAGAUUCACAAAAUAAUUCAGAUGAUUCUUAUGAUAGUUUUGAAGAUGAUUGGGAUGACAUCUUAAGGAAUGAUAUUGUUGUCAGAAAUAAAUUUCCUGUUUUACAAACCUCCUUUCCUAAAGCAUUUAAUUCAUUGCAUUCGGAAUCGGCUAAAACAGCAGAAUCCAUAAAAGUGAAUAAGAAUCUUAUAUCACUUGUUGAUUUCAAUUACUUGAUUCCAGAUAAAAGAGAGCUUGCGCUAGAAUAUAGGGUGAUGGAUGCCCUACCUGAAGAACUAGCAAGACAAAACGCAUUAAUUGCUGAAAAAUAUGGUUUCGAAGACAUCACUCAUUGUUGGCAAAUAUUGUCUGAUUUUCUUUUAUCUCAAGAGACUGAUGAUCCUUACACAUUUAUUUGGGAUAAUGAUCCCAUGACAAUUAAAUGGUUUGUAAAGGAAGCAGUAUCAUAUUUUGAGAAAUGUAAAAAUGUGCAAAUGUUGGCAAUGAUAUAUUGUAUUAUUUGUAACAAAAGAAUGCAACGAAUGAGAAAAAGAAGUCAAGAAGAGCGAAUAGAGGAUGCUGGAAAUGCCUUAGGUGUAAUAUCAUAUGAAGCAGUUAGAAAUGGAGAUAAAAUGAAUGGCAAUACAUCAAGGUCGAUUAGUAGCUCUGGUUUUACAAGGAAUUCAAAUGAUAGAAUGCCAAUUAAAAAACUACAUUCUCCUGAUGUUUCUUCUAUUAGUUCAGGUGACUAUUUUAUUCAUAAUCAUAAUUGGAACAGAAAUAGGCUGCCGGACACAAAUUCGCCAUUAUCUAAUCGACAGCUCAAUAAUAAUGGAGUAGAUAGCAGCGCAAUAACAACGUUUUUACCAGAAAUUACAAUUCAGCUUAUUGAUGAUGAUGUUUUAGAGGCAGUUAAUGAUCCUCUCUAUAAUUUCUUCGAUGAGGCUGAGGAGAGAAAAUUGAAGCAUUAUGUUUUGCAGUAUUCUUCUCUUUUGUACCAGUGGAAUUUGCCUAUUGAGAGAGUUAAGGUUUUGAAAGCCAGUACAAUUAAAAAGGAAGAAGAUCGUUAUCUAACAAAUUAUACUGAGGAAGUUGGUAUAGAGUGGGUAAGAAAUGAUUGUGGUAGGGAAGGGCUAAAUAGAUGUACGUACUGUCAUCUAAAAGCGCAAUACAGCAUAUUUGUGUGUGGUAACUGUCAACAUGUUUUGCAUUUGAAAUGUUCAAAAGAAUGGUGGAACGUGUCUAAGGAAUGUCCAACAGGUUGUGGGUGUAACUGUCCAAAUAUGUUCGAUGUAGGUUAA